UACAGUAGAAGCUAAAUGUGUUUUUAUUGCACUUUGCUUACCUGUCGGAAUAUUUUACCGUAUGUGAGGCUGACUAAUACAUCACAUAUACAAAAUUUAGGAAUGUAAAAUAGAUCGGAAUUACAUUUUGCGUUGGAAUGAAGAGCGAAAACGUGAGGGGAGAAGAUUUAAACAGUUAAGGCAUUGUUUGGUGCGAAAUGUCAGUUAUAAGUGGACUAUUAAGGGAUGCCUACAAUCGGAUGUAGUUAAAAUAACUUCUGUACAUAAGCGACAUAUCAACUGGAUGAUAUAGACUAAAUAAUUCUGUUUCAAGACGACAAUAAUCAUGGCUUCCAGGGUACAGAUGAUGACAAAAGCGUUUAUGAACGGCGAUGUGAAGAAAGAUUCUUUCAACGGAGCCGACAAAAUGCCAAAAAAGGACACGAGUUCGAUAUCUUCACGAUGGGGUGUACAGAAGGAGUCUUCACCGUCUGGAACGGUAUCUAACGCGGGUAGCACGACACCGAAAUUUGGACGUUUAAAUGCUAAAAAGGAUACAUUCCAAAGUAGUGAGAAAAAAGAACCCAAAGAGCCCAAAGAGCAGUCUCCAAAGAUGACACAACGAGUGAAUGCCAAACCAGAACAAUCGCCGAUAGAUUCAAAUAACAAGGAUGUAAAAUACACAAGUAAAGCAUGCCUGGGAAAUAUAGGUGUAAAUUCAAGGACAGCGAGCAAUCCUAGUCCUAUCAGAACAUGCAUGCAGUCAAAUGAAUCAACGACAGGUGUAAACAGUUACGGGAAGAAUAAAGUUAACGACACGAUCGAUGCAAGCAAAAUUAGCAAAGACACCGUUAAGAAAAAGACCGAAACGGUCAAACCAGAAAUAGAAAAAGUUAAACAAGAAAAAGAAACAGUCAAACAAGAUUCAGAAGUAAUGGAUAAAGGAUUUACAUGUGAUUCACCUAAAUUAGGGGCUAAAAAUGAUGGAAAACCAACCAGAUUUGCUAUGCGGAAACAGAAACGCGCCAAACGCCAUAGAUCGGAUGGAUAUAUGCUGGCACUAGAAAUGGCUGCCAAUUCUUCAGAAGACGAAGGUUUUCAAAAUGACCCUUCUCUAGGCGACGCGAUAAAUUUCUUACAAUGGAUUAGAAAUCCGACGCUACAAAAUCUGGCUAAACUCCGAAGAGCUGUAAAGACAAAUGACAAAGAUUGGAUGAAGGAGUUUUUAGAGUUUGACGGACUUGGUCUGCUCUUUCAGUGCUUAAAGGAUCUCAGUGCUAUUCAGGGCUUCCAUUUGACGGACAUGGUUUUGAAGAUGGAAUGUAUAAUGUGUAUACGUGAAGUUGUCAACUCCCAGACGGGACUGGACUGUCUCUUACAAAUAAAAGGACGGAAGGAUAACAUAUUUGGUCGAAGAUUUGCCUCAGCAUUAGAAACUAAAAAUCUCAUGGUGAAGAUGCAGAUAUUUGAGCUGUUGUCUGCACUUUGUGUAUACUCCAAAGACGGUUAUUAUCUGACGCUAGACGCACUCGAACGAUACAGGAGUUGGCAAAAGCUUCAGUAUAGAAUGAGUUUACUGGUGAACGAAGUAAGGAAAGCCGAGCUAGCCACGUAUAAAACAACCAUCAUGGCUCUCAUCAACGCAGUCAUCUUCGCCAACGAAAAUAUCAGAGAUAGAGUGAGAAUACGAAACGAGUUCUUAGCUCUGAACCUAUUGGAUACAAUCGGCAGUCUACGCUGUGAGGAUGAUGACGAUCUAAUAGUUCAAUGUGACGUGUUUGAAGAAGAGUAUAACGCUGAUAUUGAUGCUCUUCAGGAUAUAAAAUCAGGCUCUGUCAAUCUGAACGAUCCACAAUCUGUAUUCCAGGCAGUACAUAAAAAGGUACAAGGUACACCACUGAAUGCCACUCUACUUGGAAUUCUUCAUUCCCUUCUACAAAUUGAAUCUCACAGUACCCAUAGUGAAAGCACGUGGACUCUUGUUGAAAGAUUGGCACAAGAGGUUCUUAAUAGCGAUAACAAUAUAGAUGGCGAAACACUUUUACAGAAAUUUAGAGAACGGGCAAAGUCAACGAGAGACGAACAAAGCCAAACAGAAGAUAUUGAAAAUACUUCAUCUGAAACUUCGAGUGCACCCAAACCUCCGCCUCCCCCUCCAGCACCUCCUGUGCCAAAACUUCCGGGGGUACCUCAGCCGCCUCCUCCACCCCCUCCUCCUGGUGCACCAGGGGUGCCACCUGCCCCACCGGUUCCAGGAAUACCGGGAAUACGUUUACAACCACCAGGUUCAUGUGUGCCAGGUGCACCGCCUCCACCUCCGGUUUCUCCCGGCGUACCUCCUCCACCAGCUGUACCCGGAGCGCCACCAUCUCCGAAGCCUCCGGGUUCACCCACAGUUUACCAGGAGCUCCGUCUGAAGAUACGCCAGGGCCUAAACCUCGAUACACCAGUGCCGUCCAAAAAACUGAGAACAUUAACAUGGAACAAAAUUCCGGCAUAUGCUUUUAAACAGGAAAGCGUUUGGAAUGAGGUGUUAAAUAUGCAAGAUUCUAUUGAAGUUGAUUACAAUAAAUUUGAAGAAAUGUUUUCUCAAAAAGAAGAAACAUCAUCAACGAAAGCUACCCUAUCACCAGGCGAAGACAAAGGCUUAACUAGGAGAAACUCAUCACACAGUCAAGAGGUUACACUUCUGGAUCCGAAGAAAAGCAUGAACUUAAACAUAUUCCUGAAACAAUUCCGAAAACCAACUGAAGUGAUUAUACAACUUAUCCAAGAAGGUGAUGCAAGAGGUCUUGGUGUAGAAAAGCUUAAGGGUCUCGUUAAACUUCUUCCACAACAAGAUGAGAUUGAUAUGAUCCAAGGCUAUGAAGGAGAUGUUGACAAACUUGGGAAUGCGGAGAAAUUCUUUCAUCAGCUUAUAAAACUGUCAGACUUUAAAUUGAGAUUAGAAAUGAUGCUCCUUAAAGGGGACUUUAAUUCACAGCUCGGAGCAAUCCGUCCAAAUGUCCAAGUGCUUACAUCUGUAUGCAGAAAACUUAUGGACAAUGAUUCGCUCAAAGUAUUUCUAAGAUUUGUGCUUCACGCUGGAAACUUCCUUAACAAGGGAAGCAGUUCUGGAGGAGCAAUAGGUUUUCGUAUAGGAUCGCUCAAUAAACUUCUAAUGACAAAGUCUAAUACCGCUAAGAUGACUUUGUUACAUUAUCUUGUUGAAGAGGCGCAGCAGAAAAAUAAUGAUGCAUUGGGUUUCGUUGACGAACUACUGGAACCACUUCAGAAGGCAUCAAGGUUCAGCUUGGAUGGUAUGAUUGUAGAAUUUGCGAGCUUACAGUCCAAUGUUAAUCGGCUGAAAGGGUUAUUGGAACAUGCUGAUGACGACGUGAAGAAACAAUUUACAAGUUUCAUUUCAGUAGCAGAGAACGAUAUUGCGGACACAGAGGAGGCAAUUGAACGGGUGAAGAAACUCUCUAACAAACUUGCAGUUCAUUACUGUGAAAACGAAAAGUCCUUCAAGGUUGAUGCAUUUUUAGAGUGCUUUAAAGACUUUUGUGAAAAGGUUAAAACAUGUGAACAAGACCUAGAAACUUGGAGAAUAAAUGCCCAAAAGGCAGAACAGAGGAGGAAAACACAAGAAGAAAUAGCAGAAAGACGCAGAAGUAGCCAGGCAGCUCACGGAAUACCUGGUUUAAAACCACCCGGACCAGAAGACAGGAAGAUUGUUGAUAACAUUGUCAAUGAAAUAAGAAAAGGCAAAGUUCUCAGACGUCUUUCUAUGAGAAGAAAAGUUACAGAUAAAGAGAUUGCCGCUGCUGGGAAUCAAACUUAAUAGAUCUGAUUUAGUCUCAUAAGGUUUAAGUUUUAUUCUAGCCAUGUUUAUAUAAUGGGCUUUAACAGUAUGCAGAAACUGUUGGUUGAGCAUAAUUGUGUCAAAGUUCUGAAAUGUAUAAACGUUUGCUUAAGUGACUAGCAGAUGCCGUAACAGAUAUGUAUGUUAAAAUCAACCACGUGAGACGGAGAAUGUCAUGAUUCUAAAGGUGGACGAAUAUUGGCAUUGAAGAGGUUUUACAGGAGGCGUUUACAUAAUGAACAUUCUAUGUUUAUAAAGAAAAUGAGUUGCAACUGUAAUGAUGGUGAUUGACAGCGUUUGCUAAUAUAUUAGUUUUCUUAAGUACAUGUAGACAGUAUUCAGCUAUAAAUGUUUAAUUAUAGCCCAAAUGUUGUAGCAGGCAUUAUUUAUAUAUUCUUUUGAAUAGCCUUUAAUUGCUUAGUUUGCGAGGAAUAGUUAUUUGCCAGUGCGAUACUAGUAUUGUCAUAGACUGUUAGAGAGAUUGGAUGUGUAAUUGGAAACAAUGUUUCAUUACUAAUAAUCCUUUGUAUUAUUUUGUUCGAUCUCAUAAACAAAAUAAGAGAGUAUUCUUUGUUGUUACCUAUGAUAUCUUUGUCAUAAUGUUUAUAAUAAGUUAUUUUAACAUACUGUGCUUCUAUAGACAUUAUUUAUUAAAAAUUGUUUAAAUACGAA